AUGGUGGCUGUGUUAGUUUGUAUUACAUUCAUUAUCAUGAGCGUCCUUGUGAAAGCUUUAUGCCGCGCCGGCUGCGGCGACCUCGGCGAUCCAGAACUCGAUUACCUCUGUGUGGAUUGUCAUGGUGAUCAGAUCGAACGGCGCCAACAAGAGGAAUUCAACAAAUACAUGGCCAAAGAAGCACAUACAACUUCUCAUGUGGAAGAAGACACGCCAAUUUCGCCAAGGAAACAUCGUGGGCCUCGCCCCGUGGAUCAUGCUAAAGCACUUGAUGAUUUCUUGCACCAGCAUCGUGAGCAGAAUUCUAACGCUGCUGCUGGUGAGCUGACGUUUUUAAAGCGGGAGAUUGCAGUACGAGAGACUGCCAAGAAGCAACUGCGGAAAUACAUGGUCGAGACUGAUGAAGAACAGCAAGUGGAUCCCAAGGAGUGGACGAGGUAUGAGUUAGGCCCACCUAAUCGAGUUCCGACGCACGAAGUGGAGGAGGCUGUGGAACUUGCAGCUCAGUUGAAACUCUACUGUCGCUGGAGGAAGCGUGUCGUGCAAAAGCGAAUUGAGGCUCGACGUCAUGAGUUAGAAGCAGAGCGUCUUGCAUUGAAGAAACACAAGAAGAAAGGAAUCCAUGUAGGUUUGCUGUCACUUAGAACACUGAGAGGAUCAACGAAGACGGCAGUGGCACAUGCCUCGCCCGAGCAGGCAAAGCAAGAUCCCGCUACUACAAACAAACGGAGACCAAUUUUGUCGGCUUGA